UUUGUGUCGGAUUCUCUGUAGCAACCAGCAAACACGCCGCACAGGAGGGAGACCUGAACAGGACCAACAUGGAAAAAUACGCCCCCAAAUUCAGCAAAGUUCUGAUGACACCUGAUCCACAUUAUGUACCGGGGUAUUCAGGGUAUUGCCCCCAGCUCAAGUACAAUAUGGGGAAGUCUUACGGCCAGCUCACAGCCGAACUGCUGACCAGUCCCGAGGUGAAACACUCCAAUCAUCUGGUCCUCCACACGGGUCACGUCCCCUCUACAGAGUCUGACGCCGGUGUGACACUGAGAAGCAUCCCUGACAGUAACUUGAAGAAGAUGAUACCAGGAUAUACCGGCUUCAUUCCAAAAAGUCAGAACUACUUUGCCUGCAGCUACGCUGAAACAACUCAUAAAGCGCUGUCUGAGUUCUAUCGGGACCAACGGCAAUCAACACACCUGCCAGAUGUUGUCAACUACACCAACCAACAGUUUGAAAGACCAAGACCCCCCUUGAAAGCAAUCUCCAACAAAGUGAUCACCUACGGGCCCUUGAAGUCCUUCACCCCCACUGAAAAACCAUACUUCAUGGAUGAUGAUAACCCACACAAGUAUUUUAUGUCAGGUUUUACAGGACAUGUGCCAAAAUCUCGUUUCUUAAUUGGCAAAGGUUUCCCCAUCACUACUAACCGGGCACUGAUCCAGUUUGGGAAGCAGCAGCAGACUGACCCCACAUCCCAGGUCAUCCCAGGGAGGAAGGAAAGUACAAUAACUCCCAUGCCCACUAUCUAUCCAUCAAACAGAGGUGUAGUGCCGUCAUUUACAGGACACAUCCCAGGAUACCAGUUCAUGUAUGGACAAACCUUUGGCCAACUUUCCCAGAAUGCACUGGAAAAGAGCGGCAUCAAGAGGAUCCUUCAGUCAAAGUAAUAAAACCAUCAUACACUUCAAUGAAAUAACUGGCAAGAUAAAGUUGUGAUAUGAGGAGUCAAAACAUACCUGGAAGUCCUCACAAUUCCAUCAAAAUAAAUUGUGCUGGAUUGCAAAAAUA